AUGACACCGGGGGGAGCUGCGGGAGCUCGAGGCCGGCACCGGGGGCACCGGGGGCACCGGGGGCACUGGGAGCGACACCGGGGGUGGCACUGGGGUGACACGAGGGCCUUCUCGGCCGCCGCCCGCCGCCUCCACCCCUCCCUCCUCUUCUUCGCCACCUUCGACCCCGAGGCGGCGCGGGCGCUGGGGCUGCGCCCCGGGCGGGUUUUGCUCUUCGAGCCCUUCCUGGAGCGGCCCCGGCGCUUCCGGGGGGACCCCCGGGACACCCCCCAGAUGGAGGCCUUCCUGCAGCGCGGCCGGCGGGCCACUCUGCGGAAACUCAAAGCUCAGAGCAUGGCCGGGAGCUGGGAGGACGCCCUGGACGGGACCCCCAUCGUGGCCUUCGCCAAGGGGGAUGAUCCCGACGGGUUCGAGUUCCUGGAGACCCUGAAGGAGGUGGCCCAGGCCAGGAGGGACCGGCCCGGCUUCGGCGUCCUCUGGAUCGACCCCGGCGACUUCCCGGGGCUCGUCCCCUCGUGGGAGGACACCUUUGACAUCGACCUGUCCCGGCCACAGCUGGGCGUGGUCAAUGGCACCGACCACGUGAGUGUCACCUCAGUGUCACCCCAGAUCACCCCAGAUCACCCCAGUGUCACCCCUGUGGUCAACAGGACUGACCACAUGAGUGUCACCCAGUGUCACCCCUGUGUCACCCCUAUCACGGUCAAUGGGACUGACUACAUGAGUGUCACCCCAAUGUCACCUCAGUGUCACCCCCAUGGUCAAUGGCACCAACCACGUGAGUGUCACCUCAGUGUCAUCCCAAUGUCACCCCAGUGUCACCCCAAUGUCACCUCAGUGUCACCCCCAUGGUCAAUGGCACCAACCACAAGAGUGUCACCCACCACGUGUCACUCCAGUGUCCCCAAGUGUCACCCCAAUGUCACCCCAAUGGUCAACACCACUGACCACAGGAGUGUCACCCCCCCCCCCCCCCCCGGCCCCCCCCAGCGGGGACAGUGA